AUGGAUCACCUCAACUCCAGCCAGCUUUACAACAACCAAUCAGGCUUGGACAGCGUCUUCACCCGCCAGGUUCUCCCUUCGCUCUACUUCCUGGUCUUCCUCGUGGGCCUGGUCCUGAACGGCGUCGCCGCCUGCAUCUUCUUCCGAGUGCCCAGUGACUCGGGUAUGGUGGUCUACCUGAAGAACAUGGUGGUGGCCGACCUGCUCAUGCUGGUCUCCUUCCCCUUCAAGCUGGCAUUGCAGCUGGGUCUCGGCGACUGGCGGAUCCACGUGGUCACCUGCCGCUACACCGCCGUGCUCUUCUACUACUCCAUGUACGUGGGGAUCGUCUUCAUGGGCCUCGUCAGCAUCGAGCGCUACCUGAAGAUCGUCCGACACACCUCCUCCUGCUGCGCCUCCUCCUCCUGCAGGUCCCGGUUGUGUGGGACCUCUGCGCUGCACGUCACGCAGAGCGUCGGCUUCGCCCGGGUGCUGGCGCUCCUCACCUGGAGCCUCCUCCUCAUCUCCGCGCUGCCCAACUGCAUCCUGACCAGCGAGCCGGCCCACGAGGAGAACGCCCGGGACUGCAUCGGGCUGAAGACGCCCCUGGGCAAGAGGUGGCAUCACGGGUCCAUCAACUUCAGUGUGUCCCUGUUCUGGGUGACGCUGCUGGUCUUUGUCUUCUGCUACGUCUCCAUCGCCCACCGGGUUUACCAGUCGUACCGCCGGGCGCAGCACGCCACCAGCAACGUCUGCCGCAAAUCCAGCCGCAGCAUCUUCAGCGUCCUGGCAGUGUUCGUGGUCUGCUUCGUGCCGUACCACGUCUGCCGCGUGCCGUACACCUUCAGUCAGAGGACAGACUCGGACGUGUCCUGGGACACCCGCUUCCUGCUGUACCAGCUGAAGAAGGGAACGCUCUUCCUGUCGUCGCUCAACGUCUGUCUCGACCCCGUCAUCUACGUCCUCACGUGCCAGACCUUCAGAGAGUCGCUGCUGAGGAAACUGGCCGGGGGGGAAACCACGAGAUCCCUGACCGCCGUCCAGAGUCUGAGCAAACUGUAG